CAGAUAUCCAUUGAUACGAUCAUCUUAGACAGGCUCCGCCAUAAUCGGCACAGUUCAACCGUAAUCGUCACAUUCCCGAGAGCAGCAUGGAGCUUGGUGCGAGUCUUGGCGCCGCCAUGCACUCCACGGCAAUGUGCUGGGCCGCGUCCGAGGGAAACCUGGAGGCGAUGCGUCGGCUGCGCGAGGAGCAUGGAGCCGACGUGAACGUUGCCGACUACGACAAGCGGUAGAGCACCAAUCUUUUCUCUCCUGCGUUGCUCAAAACCUCAGCUUUUCCCGUAUUUUCAAUUCAAAUUGUUAGAACGCCGCUGCAUAUCGCCGUGAGUGACGAGCAAUUGGAGAUGGUAGACUAUCUGUUGCAAUGUGGAGCCAACGCGGAGGCACUGGACCGCUGGGGGCGAUCUCCCAUCGACUGCGCCGUCGAGACGAAAAAUGUAGCCAUCUUACGGGUCCUGGAACGUGAAAAUUACGGUCGCAGGGGCAAAAUUUCGCUGCUCGAGGAUGGCAGCAAGUUGCCCUCAACUGACGAGACCGAGGGGUUGAGACGGUCAGUGGUGAAAUGCUCGAGGGCAACGUUGAAAUCGACUGACUUACUAAAUCUGUGGCAAACGCAGGAUCCAGUCCAAUGUUGACGUUUCCUCUUUCUUCCAAGCCGUGCAGGAGGGAAACACGGAGAAAGUCAAGCGCUCAUGGCUCAGCGGCAUGGAGGUGAAUGCGACAGAUGAGCUCGGACGCACCUCGCUGCAUGUAGCGGUGGAGAACGGACAAUUGGGCGUCAUUGAAUUGCUACUAUCUGCCGGGGUGAACACUAAUGUGGUGGACUCUCAAGGACGCUCCCCUAUCAGCAUAGCCCUGGAGAAGCAGCAAUUCGCCAUCGCAGAGAUGCUGCGAGCCCACCAGAAAAAGAAACUCGUAAAUCGCCACAUCAAGAGCAGCGAGGACGAACACAAUAUCGCACUAGCAUUUCGAGCCACCAAGCGAGGGGAUAUGGACAAACUCAAGCAAUUGGUCCCAGAAUUGGUACGACCUGAUAUGGAGGACUAUGAUCUACGCACGCUGCUACACGUCGCAAGUGCGGAAGGACAUUUGCAGAUUGCCAAGUAUUUGGUGGAUUGCGGAGCGAAUGUCAACUUACUGGAUCGAUGGGGCUCGUCCCCGUUAUCAGACGCUGUCGACUUUGCACAUAAUGAACUGGCCAAGUUUCUCAUUGCCAACCACGCUACCGAGAGCGGAUUCCGUGCGACAGUUGCAGUCGACCAUAUCGACAACGCGACGCUGGCUGGAGCGUUGGAGUUUACGCUUCGAGUUAUCACAAGGGAUCCGUGGUUGAUGGGCCAAGUGCACUGUCCGGUAUUGGACGAUGACAACAAUUGCGUGUUAGUGACACACAGUAUCUGGCAGAAAAACAAUUUAGCUGUUCAAAGACAGCAUAAAUCUGGAGGAAUAUUGUCUCCUAGGGCAUCUAAGAACCAGCCGAUCGAUACUGCAGCGUUGUGGAGCGAUGCUAUUCAGAAGUACCGCAAAGUGUCGUCCAUCAUCAUGAUUGAUCCCGGUCAGGGUCACAUCGGAGACGUUUUCAGUGGCCAACACCCGGAGUGGCUCGAUCUACACGCAGCCCAGCAGUCUCAGUUCUUUCUAUUGCCACACGCUCGACAAGCAGGCAUCCAAACGGUGGUAUCCGUUCCGAUGAUCUGCAAAAUGUCCACGGUGGCUGUGUUAUCGUGGUAUUCCGACCGCGUGCUGUCCGAAGAUCAGCACGAACUGCAGCGUAUCCAGCGCGUUGUGCGCUCCGUGAUGAUUCUGUCCACACUUCGCCAGGAUCUGCAAAGCGCUGCGUCUUCGAAGCUCGGCGUCGGACGCAUUCCUCGAUUCCAAUACUGCCAGACUCUGGACAAUGCAAUCACAACCAAUGGAGAGCUUACAGACUCGUCGAUUCAGCGCGAAGACUUGAACGUUUGUGACACAAUUCCACUAGCGCUAGAAUGGGGUUUAUUUGACAUGGUGGAUACACUGGCAACUUCGAUGAGUAGCGAAGAUCACGCUGCUGUGGUUCCGAUUUUGCAUUCUUUGGUCAUGCUGCUUCAGAAUGGACUAUUUAAUGAGGCAAUGCAUGAACAUGGUCACGGUGAAGCUGAUAAACAGAGCGAAGAUUCAUCUCUUAAGCGUGUGAUUGAGGAGUGUGAUGGCAAGAUCCGAACUAAGUGGGCAUUGCUGGGACAUCUCAAGUAUUAUUUGCAGUACCUGUAUACUGUGAGUCCCACAGAGGCGGAAUUAUUCUCUGACGUUCAUGAAUUAUCUCACAAUGUGGAGAGAUAUCUGAAAAAUCCAAGCGACGAUAAGGCGAAUGAUGAUAACGAAAGCUCUGGCAAUGACGAUAUGGAGAUUGAUGACGGCUCAGCGACAUCAACAGCUACAGAACCUGCACCCUCUGCCCCAGACUGCGUCCUGUGCAAGUACAAUGUCCCAGGACACAUCCAUCCUGGCCGAGAGCCGAUCCCUGCAACACCCGCUGCACCAAAACUGGCACCAUUCCACACGAAGACUUCAAAAUCUCCACACGGUGAGAAGUUGUUUGGACACGCAGAAAACCCCAAGUCUCCUGUAUACCGCCAGAUUGAACAGUUGUUGGAGAAACUCGAGACCGAGUACGAUGCUUUCGAGCGGAAGGCAGAACUGGCCGAUUGUCGCGACGGAGCGAAACCUGCCACAUUCACUUCGAGUGACUUGUACGAUGCCAUCGGCGCUGCCCACGAUACCCCCAUAACCCGAAGGAAUUCGACGGAUAACCCGCGUAAACAAUUGCUGGACGUCAUCAACGAGAUUAUGCAUGACACUUCGUGCGUAAUCACACGUGAGCAGCUAUUUGCAUUGCACAAGUGUCUACUCCCGGCUUCGAGCGGCCAGGCUGGCGUGCUGCGAACGGAUCUGGCUGUCGGAUACGCCUCUCCUCGGAUCUAUCGCGUGUUCAUCCCAGCUGGAGAGAUCGAGGACGCGUUGGACAAACUCAUCGAUACGCUUAACGAUACCAGUAACUGGGAGCAGCGUCCGCUGCUCUGUGCCUACUACGCAUUCGCAGUGCUAGUGUUCUACAUCCACCCAUUCCAUGACGGUAACGGACGUUGCGCUCGGCUGCUGGGCAAUUUGGUAGCCAAGAAGCUCGGCUUCCCUCCAUUAUUGCGCGCUGCCGACAAGACCAUCCAAGUGCCGGAAUUCCUGCAAAAGGCCAUCGUGACAAUGGAAAUCAUCCGCAAUAGCCGUCGACAGACUCGUCAGGCACGCAUGCUCUCCACACGCAGAGAGAACUCGUCCAUGUGGUUCUGAGCCGGCUAUACUUGUACUAGUCUUGCUGUACAGGGACUCUUGAGGUCCGAGGAAAACGUGUGCAAAUGAAUAUAUAUCGUUUCGAAAAUUUAAAGAUUAGGAUAUAGUGCCUGAAGGAAAGUAGAGAU